UUUAUCUCCGACACCACCAACGACGAUUCACAGCGUCGCGCAAAGAAAUAGUCGCGUGCGCUUCUUCUGGAAGGUCGUCGAAAAAGAGGAAAGUCUGAGAAGAGGUCAAUUGGUGCAGAAGGCCAGCGCGAGCAUGGUGUUUUAAGGCCGCACUUGUCUGCAGGCAAUCACGACUACGCAAUUCAAAUCGGGGCGAAAAUACUAAGUCUCCAUGUCUUACUACGAUAUCGACGCCAUCCUCACGGAUGCUCAGAAAGUGCCAUGUACAUUCGAACUCACCGUGCCCGGUCUGGGCUUCCUUGACGGAAACAUGGAUGGUGACAUGAAGAAGGACUCCAAAGUCGAACUCCCAAUCUGGCUCGGCGAGAUGCUCUCCCUAAGCGAAAUGAUGAACACCGACUCCCUUGUCACCCUCAGCAUCCCCUCUGCCCUGGGCCCACGCGUCUUCAACGCACUAAAAGCAGACCCCAGAACCGUCGACCUCCGCGCGCUCGCCUCGCACUUCUACAACCUCGCGACGCGGCUGCUAGAGAUGUAUGUUGAGGAUAUUAACAAGUCUGAGGAGCAGGAAAUGAUUCGAGUGUUGAGUGAGACGUUCAAAGCGCGCGCGGCGGUAAUAGCAGAUCAAGCGAAUAAUGUGAGGGGCACGCUGGGGGAAGGUGCGGAUUUCUUGAGGGGGCUGGAUGAGAAUGAGCGGCAGUUGUUCCGCGCUGCACACGACAGCGCGAAAUCAGUGCGGGCAUGGGUGGCGGAGGGUAUGAAGAAGAAGUGAGUGGGUUUGCUGCCCAUGUGUUAGAGUUGAAAAGAAUGUAUGAACGAAAUGAAGACUAUACAAGAUGAAAAAACAAUGCAACCACUCCAACGCAAC